AUGCCAGGCUAUUUUGGCCAGGUGGGUAGCGAACCUUCCACAAGUUCACCCCUGAGGAAUACCCAAGCUGUUACUACCCCUGCUGUCGAUUUGGGCGUUGCAAGCCAUCCCCCGAAGCACCUUCGCAGGAUGUCAAGACGCGCCUCGACGAGUUCCAUGGGCUCGAUGGUCAUGGUCGAAAAAGACCAGCCCCAGGUCGCAACGCCACCGCCUGAAGAGUCUCAGGAUGCUGUGAGCAGGCCCGGGCCCGACCCGUCUCGCAUGCCCCCCACUCCCAUCUCUUCAGCUUCUUCGGUUGUUCAACGGGACGGGGACUCGGCAGAGAAUGGGAAGCCAUUGGCAGACUCUGGUCUUGCCUCCAUCACUCAGGCUUUACGCAACUUUGUGCUGCCUAAGAGUUCGUUCAGUGGUCAUGCUCGUCGACAUCAGUCACUUCCCGUGUCGAGUGUGACCUUGAAAUCGGUGCCCGCCACCCACAUAUCUAAUCCUUCGUCCACUGCCCAAUCGUCAAAAACACAGACUCCUCAGGACUCCCCAUCCCAAAAGCCUAUGCAGUCCCAGCCCAUACCAGAUGACACAAGGCUAACUGAAGUCGUGGCGGCUGAGCCACGAGAAAAGGCCACUCCACCCCAUACUCCCCGAGCGUUAUCACAAGAAGACCGGCGACGGUCACCGUUAGCGGAUGAGACUCAGAAACAGCAAAAACCCGAGCCUGAUGCCAAGUUACCCACUCAUAACCCUCGCGGUAAGCUAGCCGUCAAAAUCGCUGAAGGCAAAAACAUCAAGCCGGCAUUUGAUCCAUAUGUUGUGGUCACUUUCGAAUUCAAUGAGUACAUAUCGAAAGGCUCUAAACACGACAAAAUGGAGAUCGACAGCGAGGAACCUCAGUCUGCAGCCAUUCGAAGGACAGAUAGUGAGGCGGGGAGAGCGAUGGCGAUUCCCAUGCGUAGUAGGCAAAGCAGCACGAAUGGCGUGAGUGACGAGAACGGCAGGCCGAUGAAUAAAGUGAUUGACCCUCAAUGGGAUCACGAAGCUGUGUUUGACGUGGUUGGCAAACAGUCGGAAUUAGAGGUAUCAGUGUACGACCGUCACCAAGAUGCCUUUUUGGGGCACGUUCGACUUUGUCUCAAUCUAACCAAACAACAACCACGACUUGAAAAUUUCUUCGCCCUCGAACCUCGCGGAUCGGAAGAUCAGGACAUCACAGGAGAGAUCCACAUCAGCAUGUCGUUCUUGGAGACCGAAAAGCGUCAUGUUGGCCCCAAUGACUUCCAAAUUCUUAAGCUUAUCGGCAAAGGCACAUUCGGUCAAGUCUAUCAAGUUCGCAAGAAGGACACCCAGCGCAUCUACGCCAUGAAGGUGCUCUCGAAGAAGGUCAUCAUUCAAAAGAAGGAAAUUCAGCACACGAUAGGAGAGCGUAACAUUCUCGUUAGGACUGCGAUGACCGAUUCACCAUUCAUCGUUGGCCUGAAGUUCUCGUUCCAGACGCCGACCGACCUCUAUCUGGUAACAGACUUCAUGUCUGGUGGAGAGCUCUUCUGGCAUCUGCAGAAGGAAGGACGAUUCAAAGAAGAACGUGCCAAGUUCUACAUUGCCGAGUUGAUCUUGGCGUUGAAGCACCUCCACGAGCACGAUAUUGUCUACCGCGACCUGAAGCCGGAAAACAUACUCCUCGAUGCCAACGGGCACAUUGCUCUAUGCGACUUUGGUCUGUCCAAGGCCAACCUCACCAAGAACGAUACAACCAACACAUUCUGCGGCACAACAGAAUACCUCGCGCCGGAGGUGCUGUUGGACGAGCAAGGAUACACCAAGAUGGUGGAUUUCUGGUCCCUCGGGGUUCUGGUUUUCGAAAUGUGCUGUGGCUGGAGCCCUUUCUACGCCGAAGACACGCAACAGAUGUACAAGAACAUCGCCUUUGGCAAAGUUCGCUUUCCUCGCGACGCCCUUAGUACUGAAGGUCGCAACUUUGUCAAGGGGCUUCUCAACCGCAAUCCGAAACAUCGUCUGGGGGCGAACCGGGAUGCACAGGAGUUAAUGGAGCACCCAUUCUUCCACGACGUUGAUUGGGUUGCACUAGGCAAGAAGAACCUUAUACCCCCAUUCAAGCCCAAGCUCUCUUCCAAUGCCGACACAUCUAACUUCGAUCCCGAGUUCACCAACGCGCUCAACACAUCAAGUUCGUUGAAUGCUCGCGCUGCGGCUCUGGCUGCUGGCGCUCAGACUGCUUCAACCCCGCUUUCCCCUACCAUGCAGAACGCCUUCCAAGGCUUUACGUUCGUCGAUGAAAGCACACUUGAUCAACAGUACGCGGGAAGGUUCGAGGACGAGAAGAUGGACGAUGGCUUGACCCGUCAGAGGACCAGAGACAACAGGAUGAGCGGCGUACAACGAUCCGGUGCCCACGGCGACGAGUUCUUCCAGAACGCCGAUUGGGAUCAAUGA